AUGUCCCCCAGUCGCUCCUCUGUACGCUCAAGUAGUAGCCAGUCCCAAGCGCAUACCCCAUCCUCAUCAGUUCCGAAUACACCACUGCUUCCUACCGGGCCACCGACCCCCGAAAAGAGGUCACCGUAUCCAGCAGACUCGAAUUCCUUUCUAACAGCAUUGGCAGCGCAAGAAAGACGCGUUCUCGAGCUGAGGGAGGAGCUACAUAAGGCAGAUGAAGACUUGGAGAAGCUGAAAAAGCAAUGGGCUGUGCAUGAAGCAACGAAAAAGAAAAAAGAGCUGCGGCAUUUGCAGCAGCUGCAACCCCUCAAUACACCACCGCUCGGGUCAAGAAUGCCUAGUGACGACGAUUUAGCACGCCCCAGUAGAGAAAUUGAUAGACGGAGAAUCACAUCAUCUAGUAUCAAGCCUUCGUAUCGAACGGUUUUCGCUGGAUCUAGACACACCCGGGCUCUCUCUUUACUAUCCCCCAGAGAUCCGAGAAGUCACUCGGACCUUCUACUGCGUGGCAAUGGACCAUCGAAACCCCACCAGGCUGCAGCCAAUGAUGUCGCAGUGCCCGCUACAGUCCAUGAUCUUUCUCCCUUGGACGUCGAGCCAGGCUCGGAGAUAUUGGAGACUGGCAAGCAGCUCGUCGGCGACUUUCGGCAGGGACCCUGGACCUUCUUUAAAGACUUCAAGCAGCUUACUGUCGGAGACGAAGGCAUUAGUACUGCUGGUCUGCGUAAACGCCCCGUCAUAGCUCCUGGAAACAUGCCAAGGCGGCAGAAUAUGAAAGAGAAAAGACCAGCUCUUGAUGAAAGUCCAUUCAGGACGGCGGGAGCUUUGGACGUUGAGCGAGAACCAUCGAGAAAGCGUCAGAUCGAGUUUUCUGAUUCUAAGCAGGGAGUUGGUAGCUCCCUGGAUAGACCUACGGAAGCCGUUGGGCCUACUUCAAUCCUCACAGAUGAUAGACCCGAAGGUGGAGACAGUUCCAACUUCAGCGAUUCUGAUGGCGACGAAUGGGACAAUUCGGACACCCCAGAGAAAUCGGACCCCCCAAAGAAAGGACCUUGUUGA